AUGUUCAAGACAUUUGAUGAAAAAGAAAAUGUGUCCAACUGCAUUCAGUUGAAAACCUCGGUUAUUAAGGGUAUUAAGAAUCAAUUGGUAGAGCAAUUUCCAGGUAUUGAACCAUGGCUUAAUCAAAUCAUGCCUAUGAAAGGCCCUGUGAAAAUUGUCUACUUCCAUAAACAUAUAGGAAUCCUUAAAGUAAAUGGAGAAUUACUGUUUUUUUUUAGACAGAGAGAAGGGCCUUUUUAUCCAACGUUAAGAUCACUUCAAAAAUAUCCUUUUAUCUUGCCACAUCGGCAGGUUGAUAAAGGAGCCAUGAAAUUUGUACUCAGUGGAGCAAAUAUCAUGUGUCCCAGCUUCGCUUCUCCUGGAGCAGAGCUUUAUCCUGCUGCAGUAGAUACUAUUAUUGCAAUCAUGGCAGAAGGAAAGCAGCAUGCUUUAUGUGUUGGUGUCAUGAAGAUGUCUACAGAAGAUACUGAGAAAGUCAACAAAGGAACUGGCAUUGAAAAUAUCCAUUAUUUAAAUGAUGGGCUGUGGCAUAUGGAGACAUAUGAGUGA